CCUUUAGCGUUGCAGCUGGGGAGAGCCCCAUGAGGACGAGGGGCGGUGAGGCAGUCCCUCAGGAGGGGAAGGAAAGAAGCUGGUGGUUUUGUGAGGAACAGGUUUGAUUACCUAAGGCACAAUGUUGGAGUCCUACGUGACUCCUAUUCUGAUGAGUUAUGUAAAUCGCUACAUUAAGAAUUUGAAGCCCUCUGAUCUACAGCUGUCACUCUGGGGAGGAGAUGUAGUGCUUAGCAAACUUGAACUAAAACUCGAUGUACUGGAACAGGAGCUGAAACUGCCAUUUACCUUCUUAAGUGGACACAUUCAUGAGUUACGCAUCCAUGUGCCAUGGACAAAGCUUGGCUCCGAGCCAGUUGUGAUUACAAUCAAUACAAUGGAAUGCAUCUUGAAGCUAAAGGAUGGAGCCCAGGAUGACCAUGAAAGCUGUGGCUCCAGUUCGACGACUCGUAGCACCACAGAAAGUAUAAAGGCAUCAGUGAGACCACGAAGAAUUCAACAGACUACUCCUGAUCCUGAUUUGCCACCAGGCUAUGUACAGAGUUUAAUUUGGCGUGUUGUUAACAAUGUCAACAUUGUCAUCAAUAAUCUUAUACUCAAAUAUGUCGAGGAUGACAUUGUUCUUUCAGUCAAUAUCACUUCAGCAGAAUGUUACACAGUGGAUGAAUUUUGGGAUCGGGCAUUUAUGGAUAUAUCAGCAACGGAUAUGGUACUAAGGAAGGUGAUCAAUUUUUCUGACUGCACUGUUUGCUUAGACAAGAGGAAUGCCAGUGGCAAAAUUGAGUUUUAUCAAGAUCCCCUGCUUUACAAGUGUUCAUUCAGGACUCGUCUACACUUCACUUAUGAUAAUCUUAAUUCAAAGAUGCCAUCUAUUAUUAAAAUUCAUACUUUAGUUGAAAGUUUGAAGCUGUCCAUUACUGACCAACAACUCCCUAUGUUUAUUCGCAUAAUGCAACUUGGGAUUGCACUGUACUAUGGAGAAAUAGGCAGCUUUAAAGAUGGAGAAAGUGAAGACUUGGUUUGCCACACUAAAGAUGUCUUGGGGAAUAUCUCAGGUCUGGAAGAUGAAAUAGGCCAUGAUAUGCAGUAUGUUUCUCCGGAAUCUCAUGUUCAGCAAGAUGAUGAUCAGCAGCAGGGCUGGGUAUCAUGGGCCUGGUCUUUUGUACCUGCUAUUGUGGGUAAUGAUGAUGAAGAGGGAGACUCUGCUGGAAUGGAUGACGAAACAGCAAUGAAUCAGCAGAAAUCACCGACAGUGAAGGAUCCCGUUGUUUCUAUUGGAUUUUACUGCACAAAGGCCACUAUCACAUUCAAGCUCACUGAAAUGCAAGCUGAAAGUAGUUAUUACAGUCCACAGAAAGUAAAAUCUAAAGAAAUAAUACGCUGGGAACAAGAAGGGACCACAGCUGAGGUCCUCAUGAGGGGAGGGCCCUUCUUUGAUUGCCAAAUAGGCUUUGUUGGUUGUCAAGCUCUUUGCCUUAAAGGAAUUAUGGGAAUUAAAGAUUUUGAAGAAAACAUGAAUAGAAUUGAUGCAGAGGCCUACUUUUUCAGUUGUGGAGAAAAUUUGAGCACAAAAGGGAUGACAUAUCUGACCAAUUCGCUGUUUGAUUACAGAAGUCCAGAAAACAAUGGGGUUCGUGCAGAUUUCAUUUUGGAUGCAGCUGCUCACAAGGAGAUGUACACAGAGAUAGCUGGAAUGCAGAGGUUUGGGGCUUUCUACAUGGAUUAUCUGUACACAAUGGAAAGCACCGGUGGCAAAGGGUCUGGAAAUCAAACAGAAGUAUCUUCCAUAAAGACUGAAGACUUGGGCAAUGUUCAGGAGAUGUCUACAAAAAGUUUGAUUGUAGGCCCUCUCAUUCUUCGACUUGAUAGCAGUGCAGUGCACAGGAUUAUGAAAAUGAUUGCUUGUGCUCUAGAACAUGAAUAUGAACCAUACAGCAAGUCUAAACAAGAUUUUGUAGAUGGAACUAAAGCCAUGCCAAGCUCAGAAGAAAUAUCAGUUUUGGAGGAAUAUAUUCCAACUCGUAUUACCAACUUCACAAUUCUGAAAUGCACUGUUACAAUUCCUAUGGCUGAAUUUAACUUGCUGUGCCACUUGCUACCUAUAAUCAUGGGACAAAAGAGUCCAAGCAGCUUCUUAAAUACUACCAGUCUUCAACCUCUGCGUCCUCUGCCUUGUAUCCAAAUAUUGGUGGACAAAAUUGUCUUGGAACACUCUGUACCAAUGUAUGCUGAACAGCUCGUACAAGCUGUCAGCAGCAUUAGCCAGCCAUCUGAUAACUUACUUCACUAUUGUUAUGCUCACUGCUAUCUGAAGAUAUUUGGUUUUCAGGCAGGGCUCUCCUCAUUGGAUAUUAAUGGGUCGUACAGCUCACCAGUCUCAGUUGUUCCCCCAUUCAGUACUGCUAUUUAUGGCAAAAUGCUCCAGCUUCCAAAGUACUGGUCCAAACGGUCUCAUGUUGCAGUAAAAGAAUGUAUAUUUGAGCUUCCAAAUCUGACCAUCCAAGCAACAAGAGCCCAGACAUUUCUACUGCAAACUAUUUGGCAGAGUUGGGCUUAUAUUGGAAGUGUUAAUUCGCCAGUUGUAAAUGAAGCUUUGCUGAAUGAAGUCUUCCAGCCAUCAGGUGUGAAAUCUAAGAAUCCCCUGCCAACUCUUGAGGGCUCAAUCCAGAAUGUUGAAUUGAAGUACUGCAGCACAUCAUUGGUCAAAUGUGCCUCUGGGACCAUGGGAUCAAUAAAAAUUUGUGCCAAAGCCCCAGGUGAUGGUGGAAAGGAGAAGCUGAUCCCUUUAAUUCAAGGUCCAUCUGAUACGAGGGACUUGCACAGCAGCAAAUGGCUUAAUGAAAGCCGAAAGCCAGAGUCUCUGCUUGCUCCAGAUUUGUUGGCCUUCACAAUUCAAGUCCCUCAGCAUAAGGACUACAACUAUAACUCAGGAGCUGUGCUUUUAGCGAACAUGCAAGGAUUAACAAUCAACGUUGAUCCAGUCUUGUAUACAUGGCUUACAUACCAACCUCAGAAACGAAGCAACAGACCCAUGCAACAGUCUGGAUCAGUUUCUCUUGGGACACCAGUAACUAGGAAGAAAGAGGAUGAGGUGUCAGUUGGAAGCACGCCUUUAGCUAAGCAGCAAUCAAAUCAGGCCUCAGAAUAUGCCAGCAGCCCUGUCAAAACAAAAACAGUAACAGAAUCUCGGCCUUUAUCAGUUCCAGUGAAAGCUAUGCUGAGCUCUUCUGAAAGCUGCAGCAAAAGUCCUGAGGAAAGAAUGAAAGAAUUUAUUGGAGUAGUGUGGAAUGCAGUCAAGCGCCUUACACUUCAGCUUGAACUACAGUCCUGUUGUGUGUUCAUUCCAAAUGACAGCCUACCAUCUCCUAGUACAAUUGUCUCUGGAGAUAUUCCUGGGACUGUCCGAAGCUGGUAUCAUGGGCAGGCAAGUAUGCCUGGGACUCUUGUUCUUUGCUUGCCCCAAGUAAAGAUUAUGAGUGCUGGCCACAAGUACAUGGAGCCCCUACAAGAGAUUCCCUUUGUUGUGCAAAGACCAGUUCUUGAAGAAGGUGAUGCUUUCCCUUGGACAAUCAGCCUCGAUCAUUUCAGUAUCUACACACUCCUCGGGCAGCAAAUGACCCUUAACUUAAUAGAGCCCAUGGGCUGCACUUCUACUUUGGCAGUCACUUCACAAAAACUGCUUGCUGCAGGGUCUGAAUAUAGGCACUCGUUUGUUGUAUGCCUUCAUGUUGACCUUGAGUCACUAGAAGUAAAAUGCUCCAAUCCUCAGGUGCAGUUGCUCUAUGAGCUAAUAGAUAUCAUGAACAAAGUCUGGACUAAGAUUCAAAAGAAAGGCACUUUGCAUCAGUCCACGGCAUGCACAGAAUCCAUUUCGGGGCCUGCACUUCCUAGUUCCCCUGUUAAAAGCAGUGUUGGGACAGCUCCACCAGAUACCAGCACAUGUAGCCCCUCUGCUGACAUUGGGACAACUACAGAGGGUGAAUCUCUUCAAGGAGGUGAUGAUUCUCCAUUUUCAGAUUCUGUUACCUUAGAGCAAACAACAAGCAAUAUUGGCAUAUCGAGUGGACGUGUCAGCUUAUGGAUGCAGUGGAUGUUGCCAAAACUCACAAUAAAGUUAUUUGCACCAGACCCAGAAAAUAAAGGCACAGAGAUUUGUGUUGUGAGUGAAUUAGAAGACCUCAGUGCCUCGGUAGACGUACAGGAUGUCUACACGAAAGUGAAAUGUAAAAUAGAAAGCUUCAAUAUUGACCACUACAGAAACAGCUUUGGGGAAGACUCUUGGUCUCUUGGGAAAUGUGGAGGUGUCUUCCUUUCCUGUACUGACAAGCUGAAUAGACGUACAUUGUUGGUUCGACCCGUCAGCAAGCAGGAUCCUUUCAGUAACUUCUCAGGCUUCUUUCCCUCUACAACUGCAAAACUUUUGGAUGGUUCUCAUCAGCAGCAUGGAUUUCUCUCCUUGACUUACACAAAGGCAGUCACCAAAAACGUCCGUCACAAAUUGAUUUCAAGAAAUGAACGGAGAAUCUUGCAUAAAUUAUCUGAGAGUUUCACUGAUGGUUCUCCUCAUUUCCUUCAUGAGAUCCUUCUUUCAGCUCAGGCAUUUGAUGUUGUCCUCUGCUUUCCUUUUCUCAAUGCAAUUGCAAGUAUAUUUCAAGCAAAGUUGCCUCGGAGCCCAAAAGAGAAAAGAAAAUCACCAGGCCAGCCUAUGAGGACUCAUAUGCUCACAUCUCGCAACUUGCCACUUAUUUAUAUCAACACUGGGGUAAUCAGAGUAUUCUUUCCCAAAAUGGAGAAAGUGCAGCACAAUGCAGAAGGUAUGAUGUCUAAUAAAGAAGAUACUUUGGUCCUUAGGAUUGGUUCUGUAUCUAUGGCUCCACAGGCUGACAAUCCUCUUAGCAGAGUUGUGUUGAGAAAAGAUAUUUAUCAGAGAGCAUUGAAUCUAGGAAUUAUUCGAGAUCCUGGAUCAGAGGUAGAAGACAGGCAAUAUCAAAUAGAUCUCCAUUCCAUCAACAUUGGUACAGCUCAGUGGGAUCAGCUGAAGCCAGAGAAGGAAAAUGGUAAAGGAAGGACACUUCCAGAAAGUGAAAGAAAUUCUCAGAAUCCAGCCCUUGAAUGGAAUAUGGCUAGUAGCAUAAGGAGACAACAAGAACGGAGAGCUAUUUUAACUCCAAUUUUAACAGACUUUACGGUGCGAAUAACUGCAGCUCCUGCCAUCAUUUUCACAAAAGUAAUUUCACCAGAGAAUUUGCAUACAGAGGAGAUUUUAGUUUGUGGCCAUUCUUUGGAAGUGAAUAUGACAACAAGCCUGGACUUCUUCCUCAGUGUGGCUCAAGUACAACUUCUGCAGCAAUUAAUACAAGAUAAUAUGGUUGCUUUGGAACCAGCCGGUAAAACUGCCGAGGUUACCAAACAGGAACAGAAAAAAAUGGAUACAUCUGAUGGAGGUAUAGCUGAAACAUCUUCACGCUACAGUGGUGCCCAGGACAGUGGCAUUGGCAGUGACAGUGUUAAAAUCCGAAUAGUUCAAAUAGAACAACACAGUGGCACCAGCCACCACCGCAUUGCCCGCCCUUCCCGGCAGUCUUCUAUUGUGAAGAACCUGAACUUUAUUCCAUUUGACAUUUUUAUUACAGCCAGCCGAAUUUCCUUUAUGACUUAUUCAUGUACCGCACUAGCUAAAUCAAAAGUACUGGAGGAUCAGCAGGAUGGUGAAAAAACAAGCAAAAGUUCAUUAAAGUUUCCAGAAACAGAUAUGGGCAUGGAUCAGGAUUGCAAGAAGCCCAUUGGAGCAGGCCUUUCCUCAGUAACAGCAGAUGAUCUCCUGAAUAGUAAUAGCUCAUUAACCUCUGCUAAAAAGGCAGGUGUUCUGUCAUUGGAAAGCCUUCAUGCUUCUACAAGAUCAUCUGCGAGGCAAGCCCUGGGUAUAACUAUCGUUCGGCAGCCUGGUCGUAGGGGAACUGGUGACCUGCAGUUAGAGCCAUUUUUGCACCUUGUUGUAUCCCAGCCUUCUUUGAUCUUAAGCUGUCACCACAGAAAACAGAAAGUGGAAGUAUCUAUAUUUGAUGCUGUCCUCAAAGGCGUAGCAUCAGACUACAAGUGUACAGAUCCUGGAAAAACUCUACCAGAAACUCUCGACUACUGCAAGAUGUGGUUACAGACGGUGGCAGGAGAAAUAGAUCCUAAAAGCGGCAUCCCACCUCCUCUCAUCUCAUUCCAGAUUAAAGACUUUCUCAAUGGGCCAGCUGACAUAAAUGUGGAUAUAUCAAAGCCAUUGAGAGUCAAUUUCAGCUUUGUCAAACUAGAUCAAAUAAAACAAUUUAUGAAAAAGAUCAGAAGCAAAAGUGAUUAUGAGAUCCAGGAGAAAAAUGCUUCAGCAACUGAUAGCCUUCCGAAGAAGAGUGACACCUUAACAUCCCAAUGUUAUCAAAGCAGGAUUUCUGACUUGGAAGAUCAUGGUGAUGGAGCUCAAAAGAUUUCAACUCAAGAAAACCUGUGGAGGGACAUUUCUUGUUGUCAGAAGAUUUCUGUCCACACCACUCAGAUGGUAGUCUCUAUGGAACCUCUUCCAAAUCCUAGUAAACCAUGCUUACUAGCAUCUUUAUCAAACCUCAGUGGACAUUUGAAUGUGAAAGCUAACUCUAAGAGUAAAGGUAUAAUUAACAGUGCAUCCUUUAUGCUUGAUAUCAAUGAUUUCCUCAUCAAAACAAGUCUCAAGGAAAAAAGCAGAACGCUGGUUGGUCCUGUCUGCAGUUCUGUCACCGUGGAAGCUAAAUGGUGUAAACACAGCGGUAAUCCUGGUCCGGAGCUGUCAAUUCCAAAAGUCCAUGUUGAUGUGAGGGGUGGACUGAUGCAGGUUUUCUGGGGUCAAGAACAUUUGAACUGCUUAGUUCUUAUACAUGAACUUCUGCAUGGUUACCUUCUGCAAGAGGAGAGGAUGGAGAGGCAUAGUUCUGGUCAUAUAUAUACAGUACCACGUCCUGCAGACAGGAACCAGAGUUCUAAAACAGAGCAUAACUCAGAUGAUCUAAGAACAGGCCUGUUUCAGUACAUACAAGAUGCAGAGGCACAGAAACUGCCCAAUUCCUAUGAAGUUGUGUUUUACAAUGAAACAGAAGAUAAUCCAGGAAUGAUGUUAUGGAGAUACCCAGAGCCCAGAGUGCUCACCCUUGUAAGAAUUACUCCAGUUCCUUUUAAUACCACAGAAGAUCCAGAUAUUAGCACUGCAGACCUUGGUGAUGUUCUUCAGAUUCCUUGCAGCUUGGAAUACUGGGAUGAGCUCCAGAAGUCGUUUGUAGCAUUCAGAGAAUUCAGCCUAUCAGAAAGCAAAGUCUGUGAACUGCCACUGCCUAGUAUUGACUUAAUGACUGACCAGAAAGAGCUUGUAGCCUCAGAUCUUUGGAGGAUUGUCCUGAACAGCAACCAGAACUCAGGAGAUGAUCAAAGCUCUGAAAGUGAAUCAGGCUCUCAAAGUGUGUGCGAUCAGCUCGUAACUCCUACUGCAUUAGCAGCCUGCACCAGGGUAGACUCGUGCUUUACCCCUUGGUUUGUACCUGCCCUCGGGGUUUCAGUCCAGUUCGCACAUUUGGAACUUCACCUUUGCCACCAUCUUGAUCAGCUAGGAACAGUGGCACCAAAGUUUCUUCAUCCAUUCAUCUCUGAUAAAAAUGUGCCCAAUGAGCUGGAACACUUGAUAAUCUCAUUCAAAGAACCACAUAUCUAUCUACGGCAGUGGAGUGACGGCUCAGUCUUCAAAGAGAUCCAGUUCUCCACCACAAUUGACUGCAAACUUUUGGAGUAUCGAAAUGUAACGAUGCAGGCUAUCAUGAAGCCCUUUGGGAUGUUUGGGCAGAUCGCUGUUUCUGACAAUUCAGUGGAAAACUUACUGGACUGCAAUGUGAUGGUGGAGCCCAUAUUUGUCAGCUUUGGUCAACAUGCCAUUCACUCACUCCACAAAGCAAUCCAAGCUUGGCAACAGAACCAGUGCCCUGAGGCAGAAGAAUUGGUCUUCAGCCAUUUUGUAAUCUGUAAUGACACACAGGAGACACUGCGGUUUGGCCAGGUGGAUACUGACGAAAAUGUUUUGCUGGCUAGCCUCCACAGUCACCAGUACAGCUGGCGCUCUCACAAGUCCCCGCAGCUGCUGCAUAUCUGUAUUGAAGGUUGGGGAAACUGGCGGUGGUCUGAGCCAUUCAGUAUAGAUAACGCAGGAACAUUUAUCAGAACCAUUCAGUACAAGGGAAGGACAGCAUCCCUUAUCAUCAAGGUCCAGCAGCUCAACGGAGUGCAAAAACAAAUCAUUAUUUGUGGGAGACAGAUUGUGUGCAGUUAUCUUUCUGAAAGCAUUGAAUUGAAAGUUAUUCAGCAUUACAUGGGGCAGGAUGGACAGGCAGUUGUGAAGGAACAUUUUGACUGCCUUGCACCAAAACAGAAGCUACCUUCAUAUGUCCUAGAAAAUAAUGAGCUAACAGAAUUGAGUGUGAAGGCUAAAGGAGAUGAAGACUGGUCAAGAGAUGUCACUCUUGAGCCCAAGCACAGUGAAUACAGCACAGUCAUUCAGGUGCCAUCAUCAAAGAGUUCUAUUAUUUAUGUAUGGUGCAUGGUUUUGACGUUGGAACCCAACUCGCAAGUACAGCAACGAAUUAUUGUUUUCAGCCCUCUUUUUAUCAUGAGAAGCCAUCUUCCAGAUCCCAUCAUCAUACAUGUAGAGAAAAGGAGUCUGGGACUGAAUGAAAUGCAAGUGAUUCCAGGAAGAGGGCAAGAGAAAUCACUGCAAAACAUAGAACCUGAUCUAACCCAUCAUCUGACCUUCCAAGCUAGGGAAGAAGAUGAUCCAUCUGAAUGUGCUGUCCCCAUCUCCACAGCACUUAUUAAGCAGAUAGCUACAAAAUCAAACGCUGGUGGCACUGCAAAUGAAAUACUUUCUGACUUCUAUGGGUGUUGUAGUUCCCCUCAGUCGGUGUGGCCUUAUUCAAAAAAGGAUUGUGUCAGCAGCGAACAGCUCACUCAGUGGGAUAGCCCCAUGCGGGUGAAGCUGUCGGUGUGGAAGCCAUGUGUGAAAACUCUGCUGAUAGAACUCCUGCCAUGGGCUCUGCUGAUCAAUCACUCCAAAUGGGAUCUUUGGCUCUUUGAAGGUGAGAAGAUUGUUCUGCAGAUACCUGCCGGGAAAACAAUGAUACCUCCAAACUUUCAGGAAGCCUUCCAAAUUGGAAUAUAUUGGGCAAACACAAACACUGUGCACAAGUCAGUAGCAAUUAAACUCGUCCACAAUAUGACAUCACCGAAAUGGAAGGAUGGAGACAACGAGGAGGUGGUAACACUGGAUGAAGAAGGGUUUGUUGAAGCUGAGAUAAGACUUGGAGCCUUCCCAGGGCAUCAGAAGUUGUGUCAGUUCUGCAUUUCUUCCAUUGUUCAACGUGGUAUUCAAAUCCUGCAAAUUGAAGAUAAGAGCAUCAUUAUCAAUAACACUCCAUACCAAAUAUAUUAUAAGCCUCAGCUCUCUGUCAUGAAGCCCCAGUUGAAAGAGGAGUACCUGCAUAUUCCAGACAGUAUAUUUAGCAUAUGCUCUGCAACAGAGUCAGACACUGCCAAAACAGGCUCCAUUCUUUUCUGGGACCUGAUGCCUGACAUUAGCCCAUCAAGCUCCGAUGUGCUGCCUCUUCAAAAGUAUAUGUUGCUAAGCUUCAAACCUGGUAUAAGUGGUCCCAAUGCUUUGUGCUGGAGUCCACCAGCCAUCAUCAGACAGGAAUUUCCAAGGCAGAGUAUAGCCAUACCUGUUGGAGAUAAAAAUGGAAAUGACUUCUGCACCAGAGCUCUAGUGCUAACUUAUCAGGAGCAUCUUGGGGUGACGUACUUAACUCUAUCAGAAGAUCCAAGUCCUCGCAUAAUUAUCCACAACAGGUGUCCUGUCUCUUUGCUUUUAAAAGAAAACAUCAAAGAUACACCGAGGUUUGAUGUUUACUGCAAACGUGUCCCAGCAGACAGUUCAGUGCACCAUGAACUUUAUCAUCAAGUUACCAGCUAUCCAGACUGCAAAACCAGAGACCUGCUCCCCAGCAUCCUUUUGAAAGUGAUAUCAACAGAGGAAUUAACAAAUGAGUGGAGUGAUUUUGUGGACAUUAAUAACCAAGGCACGCAGAUCAUCUUCUUAACUGGCUUUGGAUAUGUUUAUGUGGAUAUUGCUCAUCAGUGUGGAACAAUAGUGAUAACUUUAGCCCCUGAAGGGAGACCAGGACAACAGACCAACCUGAACAGAGCUCAAGAGCAGAGCCUUGUGUUUCAAAUGUUCGUCAGCCAGCUCAGCCUUGCUGUGUACGAUGAUAUCACAAACCCCAGAACAUCAUCUGAACUUGUGCGGUUCACGCUGGACAAUGUAUACCUUCAUAUGGUUCCGGUCGCCAGCUACCUCAGGCCUCUGUCUCAUGAAUUUCAUGGGGAGACCACCAGCGACCUUCAGCAGUUUUAUACUCUCCAGAUCUUUUGCGGAGACUUGCAGCUGGACAAUCAGCUUUACAACAAAUCCAAUUUCCAUUUUCCAGUCCUCCUCUGCCAGGGAGAGAAAAAUGAAUCCGCACAGUGGACUAAAGUAUAUAACCUCAUGGUCUCCAACAAAGACUUGGAAGAGUUUCAUGUGAAUGACCUCAGUUUUGAAAUGAAACCAGCCCGAUUGUAUGUGGAAGACACAUUUGUUUAUUACAUUAAGACUUUAUUUGGGACAUACCUGCCAGACAGCAGAGGAAUUUGCCAUUCCACAAAAGCUAAUGCUGUAAACCAUAUACUGCCUGAAAGGGUUAGGCAGCAUGCAAAUGCUUUGCUCAAUCCAGUGAAACUAAGGAAGUUAGUGAUUCAGCCAGUUAGCCUCUUGGUCAGCAUCCAUGCUUCACUGAAGCUGUAUAUUGCUUCAGAUCACACACCCCUCUCCUUCUCUGUCUUUGAGCGUGGACCCAUUUUCACAACAGCCAGGCAGCUGAUUCAUGCAUUGGCCAUGCACUAUGCUGCAGGAGCAUUAUUCAGAGCAGGAUGGGUCGUAGGAUCUCUGGAAAUCCUUGGAAGCCCUGCCAGCUUGGUCAGAAGCAUAGGAAACGGGAUAGCUGAUUUCUUCAGGCUCCCAUACGAAGGACUAACUCGUGGGCCUGGAGCCUUUGUGAGUGGUGUUUCCCGAGGAACCACAUCCUUUGUGAAGCACAUUUCCAAAGGCACACUGACGUCAAUUACCAACCUGGCUACCAGCCUUGCUCGGAACAUGGAUAGGCUGUCACUGGAUGAGGAGCACUAUAACAGGCAAGAAGAAUGGAGAAGACAGCUCCCCGAGAAUCUGGGAGAAGGACUGAGGCAGGGCCUCUCUCGGUUAGGCAUCAGCCUUCUAGGUGCGAUCGCUGGUAUUGUAGAUCAGCCAAUGCAGAACUUCCAGAAAACAUCAGAGGCCCACGCUUCAGCUGGACAUAAGGCCAAAGGUGUUAUCUCUGGUGUAGGAAAAGGAAUAAUGGGAGUUCUUGUGAAGCCCAUUGGAGGAGCAGCUGAACUAGUCUCACAGACUGGAUAUGGUAUUUUGCACGGAGCUGGACUUUCUCAGCAUCCCAAACAGCGCUAUCCUCCAAGCGAUCCACAUGCAGAGCAGGCUCCAAACAGCCACGUCAAAUACGUCUGGAAAAUGCUUCAGUCUCUAGGGAGACCAGAGGCCCAUAUGGCCCUGGAUGUGGUAAUUGUGAGUGGAUCAGGCCAGGAACAUGAAGGAUGUCUGCUGCUUACUUCAGAGGUGCUGUUUGUGGUUAGUGUCAGUGAAGACACACAGCAACAAGCAUUUCCAGUGACUGAAAUAGAGUGUCUACAAGACAGUCAACAAAACAACUUGCUGAAGGUGCAGCUCAGACAGCAGAGAGUCCCUUGUGACUUGGAGGCUGAUGGAGGCAGAGAGAGACUGUCUGAACAACAGUAUAACAGACUUGUGGACUACAUCACAAAAUCUUCCUACCAUUUUGUCCCCAGCCCUGUAUCCGUGCAAACUCCAGCACACGUUGUAGCUGCAGAGCCCAUUCCUACAGCAGUUAAGACGUACCAAUACCUUGUGGAUCCUGUUUUUGCCCAAGUAUUCAUCAGUAAAUUUACUACAGUAAAAAAUAAAGCUUUACGAAAAGGGUUUCACUGAGAAAAGCCCUUUAGCAAGAUUUGUGUUUCCACUUUAAAAGUGCGGUGUCUUCUAUGCAGUUGCCUAAUGUUAAUUUUUUAAUCCCACAUCCCACAAAAUAGACAUAUUUAAACUUUGUGGGCUAGUAGAGUGGAGUAGCACAAUAUUUUGUAACACAGGAAUACACUUUCUGCGUAGCCUCUCUGGAAUGUGAUGGUGCCUGAUCUCCACUCAAGAGGCAAACCUGCAGGAAAUAUUAAAGUGUUGUGUCAAAUUUCGUAAUGAGCUAAGCUGCCAAGUAAAGGGAAAUGGAGAGCUCUGUGAGACGAUUGUGAGCAUCCUUUAUCACUAGAAAAUCAGCCAUGUGGGGAUAGGAGAAACAGGGCGCAGUGUGGUGUUCUUGCCCCACAAAGAAUAUCCCUGUUUGCUGUAUCCUAUUUUAAGGCCUGCCAGUUUCUGUUAUAAGCAAGGUUUAUAACUCAGCUGUAAAAACUUGCUCAGGGCUGAAACUUUCACUCUGAGCGCUCCAUCCUAUAGCAAAACAUUUCCUCCCACUCACUCUGCAAGCCUUGAAGUGACUGUUUUAAGUUACUAGUGACAGCUGGGUUUUAGCACUGCUUGGAUCUUAUAAGAGCUUUCUUUAUUUGACUGAAAUUUUGCAGGACUUUAGUCCUUAAUAUAAACUAGUGCCUUUGUGUAGUUUGGAGAGCAAAAUGGUAACUACAGCAUUAAUUUAUUUUUGAAACUUCCUGCCUAUAGUAAUCUUACUUCCCUGUCAUUUUUUUCCUUACAACUGUCUAAAGUUAUAUGCUGUUGGGGGGUGGGGGGUGGCGAUACAUAAUUAUGCAAGAAAUGUUCCCUUAAAUGUAAUCAGUUUUUUUAAUUUUAUUUAGGGACCAGUAAUAUUCUUUUAAAAAAUCUUUUGGAGCAGAUUUCUCACUCGAGUGCACCGAAGCUAGAUGAAAUGCAGUCUUGUAUUAGAGGUGCAUUACUUGGAAGCCAUUGAAAGUACUAUGGUAUGUGUUGUGCUUAGGAGUGUCACAUUGGUCUCGCAGCAACUUUUGACCUAAAUGUUAAUCUUCAUCAUUAACUUCUGCACCCUGCAUUGUUUGUCAUUCUCUAUGGGAGCAUACUCAAUGGAGAGCCAAGCAAAAGUCUCUUUUGCCAAAUCUGUGCAGAUCUGAAUGCAGAUCCAUCCUGUACUUCAUUGAGCAGCCCAGCAAGAAUCCAGCCCACCACUCUCUUCUACUACGUCGGUCGCUUCCAUGAGUAUGCUCCAGACUUAUUUUAAUCAGAAAGGACUUACUAAAUCAUAACACUGAAUUCCAGCAGCUUUGGCGUUCUCCUGCGGUGCUGCUUUUUUGUGACGAAGGUGUUUUCUUCCUAUAAUGAAUGAAGACACCCCCCCUACUUUUAAAAGUCACAAAGAAGUGUUACUUGAGGACGGGGGCGGGGGGGGAGAACAAUCCUUGCCUCCUUCAUCACAGCUCCUACCAGUCCCAUUUAAGACACCGCAUAGAACAAAACCCAGUUGUAGAUUGCUGAGAGGCUCACUCCCACCUUCUGCACACGGAUGUGUCACUGGAUCAGUUAUCAGUCUAAUCCAGUGGCUUCUCACCUUGGGUGCCUUCAGUGUUUGGCAUCAGUUCCUCUGCACUUAAGAAUUUUAGACCAUAUUGGGUGUUUUCAGAUGACUGUUUUUAGAACAGGUGCUUCAAAUUCAGUUUUGCAGUCUGGACUCAAUCCCUGUUGCGAUAACAGCUAUUAGAUUUAUUCAUGAUGGAAAUGGACUCAGUGAGUGUCAAUUUGGGAAAAGGCACUUGGAGUGGGUUCUUGGCUAUUGCCUGCUUCUGUGUGACAACUCUCGUUCUAAACCCCACUUCGCCUAUUAUUCCAGAAAAUCCCAGCAAGAUUUUAGAGGGCCAGGGGGGGGGGAUUGGUGAAACCGCCCCCUUUGCUGGAUGUGAAGUGACUUAUAAUAGCAGAAAGCAACCUUUACUUUGCAUAGUACUCUGUGAAUCCUAUGCGAGGUACACUCAAAGUAUGCUAAGUCAGGAACUGAAAUGAACUCAAGCCCCUACCCUUUUCCAUCUAAUUGUCCCAGAUGUCUCCUGUGCCUCCUUGGAACAGUCAAAUACAGGAAAUGAAGAAUGUAUUGAUUUUGGUACGCUUCUUGUAUCCCACCCCCCUUUUUUAAGUUGCCCCUGGCAGCCAAGUUUCUUGUGUUAAGUGAGCAUUUCCCAUGGUUAACAUUUCAUAUAUUAAUCUGUCAAAAUGGUCAUUGUUUACCUUGAAAAAACACUAUUUAAAAAUAAUUCAUUCCUGAAUCUUUUAAGGUAAAUACAGAGUUAUAUUGCUAGUUUUAUUUACUGAUUGCGUAUAUUAUUAUUAAUUCUGUACAAGAAAAAUAAAAUUUCUAUAUUUCAAGAUGUACAUUUUCUGAUGACUGCAGAG